GGUGACGUCAUGUGACAGGUUGGUGAGAGGAGGGGGCUCGGUGAUAAGAUGGCGGCCGGAGGGUCCCGGGGAGAGCUCACAAAUUCUGGACACGUCUCGGCCUAACACUCGUUCUCCUCUCCCAGAGAUGUCCAGAGAUUUACAAUGAAUAGCAAAGAGUGUGCUGAGGUCUCAGAAAACAGCCACCAUAUCAAAGUUUUCCUACCCAAGAAACUACUGGAGUGUUUACCCAAGUGCACAUUAUUGCCAAAAGAGAGACUACGGUGGAAUACCAACGAGGAAAUUGCCUCAUACCUUAUCACAUUCGAAAAACACGAUGAAUGGUUAUCUGCUGCUCCAAAAACCAGACCCCAGAACGGUUCGAUCAUUCUCUACAACCGCAAAAAGGUGAAAUAUCGAAAAGAUGGUUAUUGUUGGAAGAAGAGGAAAGAUGGUAAAACUACACGAGAAGAUCACAUGAAGCUAAAAGUUCAAGGAAUGGAGUGCCUCUAUGGGUGUUAUGUCCAUUCUUCUAUCGUCCCAACCUUUCACCGCCGCUGCUACUGGCUCCUGCAGAACCCAGAUAUUGUCCUUGUACAUUAUCUCAAUGUUCCUGCCAUUGAGGAUUGUGGAAAAAUCUGUGGACCCAUUCUUUGUUCAACCAACAGUGACCGCAAGGAGUGGAUGAAAUGGAGUAAAGAUGAUCUCAUUAACCAGCUGAGGCCCAUGUUUCACGGCAUUAAGUGGUCCUGCAGUAACAGUAACGGAACAAGUGAGUUCUCUAUAGAGCAGCUCGUGCAACAGAUACUGGACACGCACCAGGCAAAACCUCCCCCUCGCACACACACCUGUCUGUGCAACACCAAUCUGGUAUCAGCCGGAGGUGUCCCCCACAAAUGUACCAGCACAAAGCAUCGCAUCAUCUCUCCCAAGGUGGAGCCGCGACUAUGUCCAUUUCCAGCCCUCACUGAGGUUCAGAACAUUUCUUCCACUUCAGAGCCAGACCAAAUAAAGGAUCGGCGAGGGGGACACAAGGGUAGCAGGACACCCAAUGGAAAUGAUCCUGGCUCUUCGCGAUCCUACUCUGAGCUCCCAGACACCACUCAGGCAUCACCACCGCUCGCCCUUACCAAUGGAUUCUAUCCAGAGCGGGAGCUUGCAGGUGUUACCAUAACAACCACCCCUGGUGUCCCUGGCAUCAGUGCAGUGCUGGUAAUGACUGGCAUUGCUGAGAAGCCUUUGGCAUUGACACCCAGCCAACAUCUCAUGCCAGCAGAAGUAGAAAGUAAGCCACCGAGUGUACCAGUUGGCAUUUCCCUUCUGACUUCUCCUGUGGGCAACAUGCUUCUGUCUUCCUCACAGAGCUUAGAGGUGACAAUGGAAUCAGCACCUGGGGGAGUCGCUGCUGCUAGUGCUUUUGAUCCAGACUCUUUCCUCAACAGUCCCAAGGAGGGGCAGACCUAUGGAGGAGCGUCUGGGACAGGGGAAUUUAAAACUGAACCAGGUGAAGGAGAAACAUUAGAUUUGGGGCUAAAGACGGGUGGCUCUGUGGAGGCCGGAGACGUGGCAGAAAAUCAGUUGGCACCAUGCAUUGAGGAUGACAAACCAGGGGAGGACUCUGUGUCAGAAGAUGUGAAGAAAGAGAGCUGUAAUGGGACAGAGGUGGAGAUGGAUACCAGAGAUGGACAAACCAGAGAUGAAUGUGGUGCAGAGGUUGUAUCAACAGGUGACUGUCAGGAGGAAGGAGAAACCCUCCAAGGCAACCACAUGAGCGACCUGUAUUCCAUCAUUCAGAAUGACCUGAGUUCAUCAUCUGGAGCUUCCAGUGUCCACAUGGAGCUGUCUACUGAAAAUUUCAACAUUUCCUUCGAUAGUCAGUUUCCAGACCUGAUCUCUGACUUGAUGACUGAAGAAAGUGCUCCUAGCAGUUACGGGCAGUAUGGAGACCCGCAGGCCCACUCGUCCCCAGUCCAGACUGGAUAUUUACAGCACCAGUCCCAGCCAUUGGAGGAAAAUGCACCAGCUUUGAAUGUCCCAUUCACUGAAGCAGGAGAUGGAGCCAUAGGUCUUGUGGAAAUAACUGACUUCUCGCCGGAGUGGUCCUACCCAGAGGGAGGAGUAAAGAUUCUGAUCACUGGACCCUGGGUGGCAGACACAGAUUCCUAUUCCUGUGUCUUUGAUCAUCUCACAGUGCCGGCCUCACUCAUCCAAUCAGGAGUCUUGCGCUGCUACUGCCCAGCUCAUGAGGCGGGUCUGGUGACGCUCCAGGUCAUACAACACCAGCAAGUUAUCUCCCACUCCGUGAUCUUUGAGUAUCGUGCCCGGAACUUUCUAUCUCUGCCCAGCACCCAGCUGGACUGGCUGUCACUGGAUGACAAUCAGUUUAGGAUGUCUAUACUGGAACGUCUGGAACAGAUGGAGCGGAGGAUGGCCGGUAUGAGCUCCACACACCUACAGCACAGCCAGCCACCUCCUGGUGGAAACCGGGGUACGGAGACCAGUCAGAUGUCAUCAGGAGACAAUUUUGAAGCCCGGCUUGUGGCAAUCUGUGAGAAAAUGAUGUCACAGACCUGCUGGGUUACCUCAGACCUGUUGGCCCAUGAGAUGAGUUUCCGAGGUAUGACACUGCUCCACCUGGCAGCCGCUCAGGGAUACGCACGGCUCAUAGAGACUCUUAUACAAUGGCGGAGCCUCCACUCCCAGAGUUUGGCUGUGGAAUUAGAGGUCGACCCUCUGAAUGUGGAUCACUUUUCAUGUACCCCCCUGAUGUGGGCAUGCGCCCUUGGCCACACAGAGGCUGCCACUCUCCUCUUUCGUUGGGACUGCCGAGCUCUAUCUAUCCCGGACUCCCUUGGCAGACUUCCUUUGGGGGUGGCUCGAUCUCGUGGUCAUGUAAAGCUGGCAACCACCCUGGAGGAACUGCAGAGGCAAGAAAUGACAGCCAGCAACUACACAGACUUACACGGGGGAAGUUGUGUGUCCGACAGUUGGCACUCAUUUAUGAGCAACCAAGAGACCGGGAGGGGGCUCUCUCCCCUCUCCACCAGUGCUGACACUGGUCUCAGCAGUCUGCCUUCUCCUUCUGAAGCGUCAGAUGGUUCAGUAUCUGUGACUUCUGCGUACUCUAGUAGCUCAGCCCUGCGGGGGUCCCCAGACUGCAGCCCUGAAAGCAGCCAAGACACUCCUGUUGAAACCCCACCUAGCCCCCAUAUUCUGGGUGCUUCCUCUUGGGAUCUAGAGGAUGCAGAAGGAGGAGCUCUUUACCUAGAUUCCCCUGGAGUGCAAGGUGGCUUUGAAGAUGAUACAACCCUACUGGACUACCGAGAAGACACCGAGAAUCAGGGAUACCUGCAGGUGGACAUGGUUACCCUUGCAGAGCAAAUUAUAGAAGCCACCCCAGAGAGGAUCAAACAGGAAGACUUCACUGCAUCGGACUCUGGUCCUUUCCGGGAACGGCCAACCAACCUCAGCAAGACCAUGGCGUGGCUCGCCAGUUACCUGGACACUGCAGACCAAAUGCCUGGCCUGCCCCCUCAUGGUGAGGGCAUGCGAGCGGCACGUGCCCUGGCCUGUUUUGCUCAGAUGAGCCCAGGAGAUGAUGGAGCAAGCAGAGGAUCGCAUUCUGAGAUAGGAUCAUUCGGUCAACGUAUUAAAAGGACGAACAGGAGAGGCACCGAACCGCUGCGUGUGAAAAUGACUAGGUCAGAUGCUCCUCCUUCUCCCGCUACACCCCCCCCUCUUGGUGAGAUCUCUUUUGAGCGGUUUGACCCCCCUGGCACUGCACGUUGGUCAGAGUUUCUCAGUGCGUCAAGCAGCGGACGCAUGGAAAGUGAAUUUGCUCUUCUCACGCUGUCUGAUCACGAGCAAAGGGAGUUAUAUGAAGCAGCCCGGGUCAUUCAGACCGCCUUCCGUAAAUAUAAGGGUCGGCGGUUAAAGGAGCAGCAGGACCUGGCUGCAGCCGUCAUUCAGCGCUGUUACCGCAAGUACAAGCAGCUUACAUGGAUUGCACUGAAGUACGCUCUGUACAAGAAGAUGACGCAGGCAGCCAUCUUAAUCCAGUCCAAGUUUCGUAGUUAUUAUGAACAGAAGCGAUUCCAGCAGAGUCGGCGAGCAGCUGUACUAAUCCAGCAAUGUUACAGGAGUUACCGAGAAGGAGCACGCGAGAGUCCAGCUCUGCAACACCGUAUCAAGGGGUCCUUCCUAACCAAGAAACAGGACCAAGCAGCCCGUAAAAUCAUGCGUUUCCUGCGGCGCUGCCGGCACAGAAUGAAGGAGAUGAAGCAGAGCCGUGAUCUCGAGUGUUUACAGAAGAGGGGACUGACCAAUUAACCCUGCACACCCUACCCUGCUCACUGUCCCUCAUUGCCAAGCAUGCUGCUGUCUAAUCUGCAGAGUAUCUCUGUACACUGGCUGCUGUAAGGUGCAGCAAGAAUGGAUCCCACUGCACCCACCACAUCUGGUUAUGAAUGUGUUUGUGUGAAAGUAUGUAUUCCUAUGAAUGUUUCUGUGUGUCACUGUGUGCAUACUUCUUUGCAUAUAGACCCUGGUACACAGUGGUAUGUCCGGUGGUGUGUUCUAAUAGUGCGGCGAUAUCAUCAAUCUCGGGGGACACUGCUAAUCAUUCACUCAUACCUCUUAAUGGCCUGUUCCUUGUGCCACUAUGUGAUGUCAGUGUGUGUGUAUCUACACAAAUCAAGGUAUACCGCUCUGUGUGACAUUUUUACUCAUGUGUUCCAAUCCUUUCUAUAUAUUAUACAGACAUACACAUGACAUGUUCAUUAACACACACACACACACACAAAUAUAUACACACAGUGUAUGUUUUUCAUUUACAUGACUAUAAAUUCUGAUGUGUAUAUUAAUUUCUGUGUGUUAAUACGCACAUCUAUAGUCGUGCCUGUGUGUAUAUGUAAUAUAUAAGAUCCCCACUCGUAGUGUGCAUGAGGAGGUGUGUAUAUAAUUGCAUGUCUAUGUAUAUAUGUGUGAAUGCAUAAAGGUUUGUGUUUUGCUCUGCGAGUAUGUAUGUGUGUGUACUACACACAUCUAUAGACAUACCCAGAACUGUGUGUAUAUACACAUUAUAUAUAUUUAUAUAUUUCUGUAUAUUUGUGGCAAAAGACACGUGAGCAUCACACUCAGGCAGCUGGACUAUUUAUUUAUUUCACUGGUAUCAUUUCAUGCACUUUGUUACUAAGCGUUAAUACAUAUAUAUGUGCGGAUAUUGAUAAAUCGAUGCAUAUUUUUUCGUGUGUUUGCGAGUGUAUAUAUAUAUAUAUAUAUUACACUCACACACAUACAUAUUAACAUGCACACAAAUAUAUGUCUUCAUAUACAUAUCUGUAAAUUGGGAUAUUUUUUUACCAUUGCAAAAUGUUUUAUGUGUUAGGCUGUUUUAUUUUCUUCAUAUUUUCAAAUGUUCUAUUUUUUGUACAGCUAUUCAUUAGACAUCCUUGUGUAUUCUGUCCUGAAUAUUGGGUAUGGGGUUAGCUUUUAAUAAUCCCAGAUACACCUUUUUAACUAUA